AUGGGGGGGCAGGCGGAGGCGUACGAGUGUCUGCGGUGCAAGCGCUCGCUGCGGGCGCGUGGCAUCCACAGCAACAACGACUUCCGGCGAUGGGCGAUCCGGAACCACCCGGACAAGGGCGGCUCGCUGCAGGAGUUUCAAUCCACGUCGCGCUGCGUGGACCUCGUGGUGAAGCAGCGGUGCCAGGACGACCCUUGCAGCGCCCUCAUCCCGGAGCACAAGGGCUUCAUCGAGACGUGGUUCGCGGUCCGCUCGGCCGUGGGAGUCGUGGCCUCGCGCGCCCAGGGCUUCGCGAUGGACGUCUGGCCGCUCAUGCGCCUCAGAGGCGAGGGCGCCGGUCCCGCGCAGCAGGAAGACCCGUUCAAGUACAGCGACGGCACGCAAGGAGGCACGGACGGCCCGCAGCGGCCGCGCGCGGGCGGGUUCGGGCUCGGGCUGCGCGUGAGGGCGCCGGAGAUGCCGCUGGGCGUGGGCGGCCGGUUCCGUGCGCGGCCGUGCGACGAGGUGGAGUGCGUGAUUGGCAGCACGCGGGCGGCGGGGGACGGGGCGCUGCACGUGGGGUCGCUCGGGGCGCUCUGGCGGCUGCCGUUCGUGCGCAGGGACGCGAGGUGGACCGCGUCGGCGUUCGCGGGGGUCGCGCCGGAGUUCCGACUCAACCUGCCGGACGACAGGGACACGAAGAGUCCACGGGGGAUCUCGGGGCUCGUGCGCAAGGCCGUGCGGCGCCACGCGGGGGGGAGUCACGAGGACCAGACGUGGCGCAUCGAACCAACGCUGCUCCUCGGGCUGCGGCUGGGGCUCGGACCGCUGCGCGUCGGUCUGGACGUCCGGAGCCCUGUGCUGCACCCGCACGGGUCUGCGCGGCGGCGUGAGGGGUGGGGGGGUCUCGCGGACGGGGUACUGUUGGGGGUGGGGUAUGAGUUUGCGUCGUGCUCCGGGCACGGGUCGAUACGGCUGCUGGGGCAGGAUCUGGACUACAGGGGGUGCGCGGACCGCGUGGAGGAGAUCGAGCGGCCCGCGGACGGCGGGGGCGCGCGCCAGCCGGUGUGGGGGGUGCGGCUGGACCGCGGGCAGGCGGGUGGGCGGAGGGGCGCGAAGGACAUGUCGCAGGAGGGGGAGUUCCAGCUGGUGCACUAG